AUGCAAAUUCCUAAUGGUCAAAUAGAUAGUGAGGAAUGUGAAGGUUGCGAAGAGUCCGAUUGUGAAGAUCCCACAUGUUCGGAACAUGGUGCGUGUGUCCACGGUCAAUGUUACUGUAAGGCCGGUUGGAAAGGAGCACACUGUGAUAUUAUCGACGAGCAGGUUCACAAGUGUUUGCCCACGUGCUCCGAUCAUGGAGUGUACGAUUUGGAGGCGGCGAAGUGUGUAUGUAACAGACACUGGACCGGACAGGAUUGCUCUCAAGGUAAGAGGACACGUUUUCGUUUAGCUGGAGAAAUCUUAUAUCGCAAUAAUUACCCUACUUAUAUUUUUACGGAUCGAAGUCAAUUAUCAUCAUCUUGA